AUGUCGGUAUCUAGGCAUGAAAAUGAUAGCGAGGAGUCGCUUAUUGAAGCUUUUGAAACGACGUUGAGUAUAAGACCCAGCACGACGGAUUAUUAUGAUGAGAUAAACGAUAUAUCAAUAGAUCAUACAGUAUUACCCGAUACUACGAUAAAUGAUACACGAGAUCUUUCUAGCACGGUGGGUAUCGAAGAGCUUGAAGAGAAUGAACGGAUAUCAGAGCAAAUUCCCAAGUUCAAGACCAAGAGGAGGUAUAGCUUGUUGCCACGAAUAACCGAAUUUAAAAAGAUUGGAUCACCAGGGCUAGAAGAGUAUUACAUUCAGCAGAAAUUAGAUCCCAAAUAUGACGAGAUUUUGAGACCAAGUUUGUUAAUUGAUGAAAAAUUGAUCAAGUACCACCAUACAUUUAGUGACUUUAUCUCUUCAAACCCACAUAUAAGUAGAGAAUCGCCACGAUUUCAGUUUGAUUCAGAAAAGACUUUGGUUAUAUUGUCACCAUAUAGUUCCGAACAUUCUUUUGGAAGGAAAUGGGUAACAAAGACAUACCUCUCUACCAUAUUUGAACGGCCCCAACGAUUAUUGGCUACUUGUAUUGGUGUUGCUUCUGCAAUAACAAUGUAUCCGUUUUAUUACAAGCUCAUCAACUCAACAAAGAGGUCAUCAAUAUUCUCUUCACAUGUGAGGAAAAUCCAUGGUAGAAAUUGGCCAAAAAAAUUGUUUGAAUUGUGUUUGGAGAGCCACGAGAAAUUGAACAAUGACGAAUUGGAGGUUCCACAGGAUUGGAAUACUGGUGAUAUUUAUUUAACUCCAAAAACGAUAAAUGCUAUUGAAGGUGUUAUUGGUACUAUCGAAACAGCAGUAGAUGCUCUUUUUAAGGUGACUCCAAUAACAGGAACAACAAGUACAACAGGAAUAGCGGAAACGGUGCAAGCACCGGCUCCAGCAUCAGGGAAAGCAGCAACAGCAACAGCAUCAUCAACUUCAUCAACUUCAUCAUCAUCAUCAACAAAAACAACAACAACAACAACAACGGCAGCAACAACAGCAACAACAGCAACAACAUCUACCAGCUCGAAUGGUUCGUUAUCAAGCAAUUAUAAUGAAAACAAUACUACUUCUCACAGAAGAAAGAACCAUAAUUUGGCAUUUGUGGUUAUUCGUCCCCCAGGACACCACAGUCAUGCUUGUUUACCUAGUGGAUUUUGUUUAUUGAACAAUGUUCAAAUUGGAAUUGAAUAUGCAUUUGAGAAAUAUGGAGUUACUCAUUGUGCUAUAUUGGAUAUCGAUUUGCACCAUGGAGACGGUUCUCAGGAUAUCUGUUGGGAAAGAGCAGGCUUUACUGGUGAUUAUGGACAACAAGAGGAAGACGAGAUUAUUGAUCCAAAACUAAAUCCAAGAGAUGACUAUGGCAAAAGAUUUGCAACUUAUCCCAAAGUUGGCUAUUUUUCACUACAUGAUAUCAAGUCAUAUCCCACGGAGCUUGGAUUUGCUACCAAAGAAAAUAUCCGCAAUGCAUCUACAUGUAUAAUGGACCAUGAUUUGAAUAUAUGGAAUGUUCAUUUACAAGCAUGGAAUAAUGAAGACGAAUUUUAUAAACAUUACCAAACCAAGUACGUUGCAAUUUUGAAUCGAGCAAAUCAGUUUUUGAAUAAUUGCAAAAAGCAGUAUGAAGAAGAGAAUCAAGAAUAUUUGGCACAACUAGCCAAGUACAACAAGAUGAUUUCAACAAAGCCUCAUUUAUCAGCAGAACUAGAGAAGCCAACACCACCACCUUGUUAUAAGCCAUUAAUUAUUAUCUCUGCUGGUUUUGAUGCAUCGGAAUAUGAAAACCCCCAAAUGCAAAGACACGGUAUAAAUGUCCCUACAUCUUUUUACUCUACAUUCACUCAAGAUGUAGUCAAACUAGCCAAACUUCAAACUAAUGGGAAAGUGAUAUCGUUUCUUGAAGGUGGAUAUAGUGAUGGUGCAUUAACCACGGGAGUGUUUUCUCAUUUGAUUGGAUUAACCAACGAUGAUGGUUUGUUAUGGAAUCAUACAUGGGGGUCAGAGCAAGUAGUCAAGGAAUUAAUCAAAGGUUGUAAGAAAAACUGGACACCUUACAAGAAUCCCAAGACUGAUAUCACAAUAUGGGCCAACGAGGUGAUUAAAUUAGGAAGAUCAAUGAUGCCAAAUUGUAUAUUACCUGCAAACUAUAUAUACAAAGACCAAUCCCAAGAGAACAACAGAGAAGGAAUGGUAAGGACUCAAGAAAUAGAUAGAGAUGGUAAAUUUAGAGUAGUAAAUAAAAUGGUUAAGGAUAUUAUGGAUACCAAAGGUGGUAUAGGGAUACUUGAAAGUCCUAAACUGAGAAAGGACGAGGGCCUCAAUGAUAGAGCCGAUGGGCAUAGAGUUACGAGACACACUAGAUCUUAUUAUAAGAGAGUCUAA